UCGAAAACAGCUGAUUGACCAUUCAAAGCUAUAUAAUAAUGCAAUAAGUGAAGAAAAAAAAAAAACUGAAGAAAUCUUUAAAAAUUGUGAAAUAUUUAUAUUGACUCAUUAAUCAUAUUUGGAAUAUUGUAGAUAACAAAAUGCACGAGACAUUUUUGGAAUAGAACUCAAACAAGACGUUCAUUAAUUCUGAAAAGAAGAAGUGAAAAUUCGAGAAGUUGGAAAGUUUAUCAGUUCACAAAACGAACAAAAUAUUUUACUCAAUUUUGUUAUUAUCAAGCUAGCUGUAACGCAAUUAAACUUUAAUAUAAAAUGGCAUCCAAAGAAUCAAAUGUUGAUGAAAAUGUGGAUUCAGGAAAAUUAUUAAAGCACUGGUUCUACGAGCACUUGAUAGAUGGCAAAACACGUUGGACCCCAUUCAACUUUAUUGAUUCAAAAGCUAUUGAAGAAGCCUUUUUGAGUGGAAAGGAACAGCAAAUCGCAACUGAUGGUGGUCGCUUUGAAGUAAAUAUAGUUGAAAGAACACGACAACCUGUAUAUUGGACGGCAGAAUCGACUUCAGUCAGAAGAUGUUCAUGGUUUUAUAAAAUGGAUUCACGUUGGAUUCCUUACGAAGAAGAAAUUUCUGAGCAGUUGGAGAUUGGAUAUCAAGAAGCUCUAAUUACUAAAGAAUGGCAUCGAAGAAUCGAUUUGCCAAACAGCGAGCAAGUUGUGUUUCAUGAUUCAAAUGUAAUGGUUCAUUUUCAGCAACAGUCUAAUUCAGACUCUUGGGGAUCACCGACCAAUUCUAUUACAAAACCAAGAGUUGUCAAAAGAGGUAUCGAUGAUUUUCAUAUUGAUGAAGGAGAUAGUGAUCAAAUUGAUCAUUUACUAUUCAUGGUUCACGGCAUUGGAAGUGUUUGUGAUUUAAAAUUCCGAACAGUUGAACAAGUUGUUGAUGAAUUUCGUAUGAUUGCACAGCAAUUAGUACAGGCACAUUAUAGAACAGCUUAUGAUGAAGGCAAAAUAGGACGAGUUGAAGUUUUACCAGUAAGUUGGUAUAAAGCAUUACAUUCUGACGAUUCUGGAAUUGAUCAAAAGUUAAAGUCAAUAACUUUAGAUUCUAUACCACGAUUGAGAAAUUUCACAAAUGAAACUUUAUUGGAUGUCCUCUUCUAUACAUCUCCAGUUUUUUCUCAAGGAAUCGUUGAUACAGUCGCUAAUGCACUGAAUAAAAAGUACUCAAUGUUCUUAAAAAGAAAUAAGAAUUUCAAAGGUCGAGUUUCUCUUGCUGGACAUUCUCUAGGAUCACUUAUAUUAUUUGAUCUAUUAUGUCAUCAAAAGCCAACUGAAUUGAAUGGAGAAAAUUUAGAGAAUCCUGACGAACUCGGAACUCCAUCGAGACUGAAAAAAAUUUCACUACAUCAGCCAAUAACGCGAACACAUUCAAAAGCCAUUGAUUAUAACUUUGGGUUAUCAGGAACAGGUCAGCCAUUGAUGACAUAUAAACAAUUAAUUUUUGAGCCUAAGCACUUCUUUGCACUUGGAUCGCCAAUCGGAAUGUUCGUAACAAUCAGAGGCAUUGAUAAACUGGGACUUGAUUUCAGCCUACCAACAUGUGAUCAUUUCUUUAACAUUUUUCAUCCAUUUGAUCCCGUCGCAUAUCGAAUUGAGGCUCUUGUUAAUCCAAGUUUGGCAAGUGUAUCACCAGUUUUAAUUCCACAUCAUAAAGGACGAAAGCGCAUGCAUCUUGAAUUAAAAGAAACAUUUCAACAAGUUUCUGCGGACUUAAAAACGAAAUUAAUGUCUUCUGUAAAGAAUGUAACGGAAACGGUUUGUGCUCUAAAUCCAUUGAACAAAAAUAUAAAUCAAAAGGCAAUUGAAAAGGAAGUUGAUCAAGUUUUGAAUAAGCAGUUGAGCUCAGAAACGGGUGUCGAGAAAGAUGAAUCUCCAAAAGAAUCACCUUCUACAGAAAAACUCUUUAAUAUGGGUUUAUUGAAUCAAGGAAGGCGAUUUGAUUAUGUCUUACAAGAAGCUCCACUUGAAUUUUUCAAUGAAUACUUAUUUGCACUUGCUUCACAUGUAGUUUAUUGGGAUUCGGCAGAUACAAUCUUAUUCAUUGUAAAGGAGAUGUAUAGUUCAAUGGGAAUCGAGGCUGAUAAAGAAAUUCCACAGCACACAUUGAAAUUUGAAAGACCUUCAUCAUCAACAGAUUUAGUUGUACCUUCUUCUUCAGACUCUUUAAGAGGAUAACUAUGGGAUAAAUUUUCAAAUUUUAAUGUAUUGAAGCUCGCGUUUCGAAUAUAUUUCUGCUAUCUAUGCAAAAUGAAAGCUUUAAAGAACUCUCCUGAAAGCGACUAAACAUUCUAAGAACAUCAGAUAUCAAACGACAGGUUGUGCAUGACUUUGUUUGAACCAAAAACAAAAUAUCAUCUUAUUCCAUAAAUUAUUGCUUGUAAUUAUAUACAUUUGUUGUGAAUUUUGUGUGAUUCAUCAUUUAUUUAAAUUUGAAAUAAAUAUUUACUUCCAAUUAAAAUUUUAUAAAAUUAACGCUGACGGAGAUGG